CGGUUUAUAUGGGAAACCGAACACCUCAAGGCCAGCUUGUCAGUGUUAAAUUUUGUUCUUUUUUUUUAGGGGUUAUGCAAAUAAUUAUUUUGUAGGUGCGUUAUCUGCUCCGAUUUCCGGCAUUUCAAAUUUGAAAUGGCAACAAGUACACAUAUUAAUUUAAAUGGAGUUUAUCUAAGUUUUGUUUUUAUUUCUAUUCAGUCUACCGUAGGAGCGUCACCAAUAUUUAUGCUUAAUGGUACAUACCGUGCAAGGCAAAUUAAUCCAAGCGAACAUAGCACUCAUCUGGUGAAUGCACCCCUGCCAAUCAUAUUCAAAGGAAAGCCCUACAGAGAAUUUGUCAUUAGCAAAGAUGGACUUGUUGUCUUUACUAAAGACAAAUCUGCGUUCACUUACCAUGCUCAAGAUUGGACAGCGGCCAAUGUCGCCCCUUCUACCGAUAUGCCUUUCAUAGCCCCUUACUACCACAAUGGACAAGCCUUGGACAGUCUCUCAGGAUACACUGGACAUGUGUUCUACCGAAUAAUCGACAGUGGUAAAAGUAACACCCGCGACAAAGAUCUACUAUUCUUUGGAGAAUAUAUUCGAGAACAGGUCGUAGGAAGUGCGAAUUUUAGUCCGACCUGGGGCAUCGUCAUCACUUGGGAGAGUGUGACGUCAACUCCUAUAAUCGAAGCAGGCCGUUGUAGAGGAACAACAGUUGAUCCGUGUCCGUCCAAUACUUUCCAGUUAGUCAUCCUUGCAGAUGGGAGUCAGUCGUAUGCCAUCUUCAACUAUGGUACAAUGGAAAUGACUCCAUCAACUUACGACCAAGCCGGUUUUAACGGUGGAAGCGGUACGGGGUUUACAGAUAUUGUCACAAAGUCACAGUCCAUCCAGCAGUUGAAUCAGGCACAGGGAAGUGAUCAAGUAGGAAGGUUUAUUUUCAAAAUAUCUCCAGGGAAGAUACUCCGCGGCGGAUGUUCCAAUGAUCUAGCUUACACACAGCUUAGUGUGAAUCCUAAUUAUGCUAGUAUGUUUGGAGGAAAACUAAUUGACAUUUCUGGUCCCUGUUUCAUAAGAAGUCAAAAUAUUUAUUGCAGGUUUCAAGAUCCGAACACCAUGACAUACUCACCAGAAGGAAAAGCUAUAUAUGUAAGCCAAACACGUGUAAGAUGUGUGGUGCCACAACUCCUCGUGCGUGACCGCGUGAUUCUUCAGUUAUCAACAGACGAUGGGCAUACAUAUCCUUACACUACAAAUUUCACUAUUGUUUUCCCUGGCAGGAUGGCGGGUUCUGAAUUCGUAUCGACUGUUUCUAAACCAGAUGAACCUGGUUGGCGUUCGCAUAAUCCUACCUCUUUGAGCAUAGCAUGGAAUGGCUCGUUGCUAAGUAACGAUAGGAACUCUUUCGUUGACAUAGAACUUAUUGGUUACAGUGAGACAAAGAAUGAGGUUGUUUAUUCGAAUUUGGCCACACUGGGCAAAAACAUUCCAGCUACGAGUGGUCAGUUUACCUUUGAUCCUCGAGAUAUUCAGUGUAGUGGACAGACCUGCUAUGAUUAUGGGGUCGCUUUAGUUGAAGUAAGACUUCACGAGGAAUACGUGCCAAACAGCCACAGGUUCCUUUCAACAAAAGCUGUUCCGCUAGGCUGGUAUAUGCAGACCGCAAUGACGGAAGAACAUGGCGAGGAAUGGCCUUCCAAGUUGUGUGAGAACUGGUAUAACAAAGCUUCUCAGGAUAUGAAAUGGGUUAACUCACUACUAAGUUGCCCGUGCUCUCUUGCUCAAGCAAUAUCAGACUUUGGAAGAUGGCAACCUGAUCAUGGCUGUAAUUUGCAAAAUGCAGACAACCCUCGCAACUGCUUCUAUCACAGUGCAGCCGUGCAUUGUGUACGCUCCGUACAACCAGUAAAUGGUGCAGGCAACCAGUGUUGUUACAGUGGAAGUGGAUAUCUGGUCUUUGCAGCCGACACUUUUUUCGGAAGUACCGCAGACAAGGGUCACGACUGGGGAGCAGCCCCGUAUGGAAAACCGCUGCAUGUUCCGAGUCUGUCACAUUGGGUAGAAGAUUUGGUCCCUCUGUUUCAAUGUUGCCAAUGGACUAACUUUAGUUUAUGCGACAAUUAUGUAGAUUUAAGGCCAACAACGGACUGCACAGGGUAUAACCCUCCUGUUCCAGCGAGUGUAUAUGGACAAGGGCAUAUAGCGACAUUUAAAGGUUUAAAGUUCCGUAUACUAGGACCUGGGGAUUAUGUUCUACUGAGAGCUGGAAACACGGAGGUGCAGGCCAGAUUCCAAAGAAAUCUCUUCCCUACAGAAAAAAAUCAGUUGACUACGUAUUCAUUGACUGCUGUUGCGGUGCAAGACCGAGGCACAUCUGACAGAGUUGAACUGCGCCUGCGCGGACCAGAAUUCAGUAACCAAUAUCAACAUAUUGAUGUGUUUGUAAAUGGGCAGUUCAUGGAAUUCAACGAAGAUUCGUUAAAAUGGCAGGACUUUAGAGGUGUGGCAGUUAUAAAUACCGAUAUCAGAGAGGUCAAAUCCAACUUUACGGUACUUCUUACCAAUGGCAUAGGAUUUCAAGUAGCAGAUGUAGCUGAAACUUUACAGCUAUAUCUUAUGAUGCCCUCAGAUACACGCAAAAAGACAUCUGGAUUACUGGGUGACAUUGAUGGUACCAAAACCUUACCAGAUGGAACAUUAUUCAGUAUUAAAGUAAACAGUCCAAAUGAACUGUACAACAAGUUUGAACUAGCAUGGGCAGUGGAUAAAAACAGAAAAUUAUUUAGCGACUUUCUUCCUGCAAACAGAACAUAUGAAGGCCAGGUCAACCCUACAGAGAAACCAGGACAUAUUUCAGGCUUUCUCAGUUUCUGUGUAAUCUAUCAAGAAAAGCUGUCGGACGAAUGUCUAUUUGAUUACAAGUUCACUGGUUCAGAAAAUAUGGCAAGGGCUACUCGAGACGCUGCAGUACGAUAUACUGAAUUGAGCACCAAUCUUCAGCCAGUGCGUUCCUGUGGUCUAUUGAAUGUUCCUCGCUCCGAGAAGAGCAACUAUCGUUACACGAUAGGUACAAACACGACUAUAAUAGGGUGUCGGACUGGUUCCCUUUCUGGUACUAGAUCGUAUACAUGCUUGGAAACAUCUAACGUGACUCAAGAAUGGUCACCGGCUGUCACAGCAACAUGCGAAGUUGUGGCAAAGACAACAGAUACAUGGAUGAUAGGUAUCGCUGUUGUUGCUGGGAUAGUGGUCGUUGGUAUUGUUCUCCUUGUCGCCUUUGUAGUGUUUGUAAAGUUAAGGAAACAAGACACGAUAAGGUCUGGAGUACCGAAGACAGAGGAAGAGACUGUUGCAAUGAAUAUGGCGGAGUGAAUUGGACAAGACCAAGUUGUAGUCAGAAGAACGGAACAAGAAGAAGAAUCGGUUGAGAAUCGACUUAAUGCCUUUAUUGAUUUCAAAUUAUUCAAUACCUACGCACAACUUUUUAGCUCACCUGAGCCAAAGGCUCAGGGUGAGCUAUUGUGAUCGCUCACCGUCCGGCGUCCGUCCGUCCGUCCGUCCACACUUUCCUUUAAACAACAUCUCCUCCUAAACCACCAGUUCAAUUUUGAUAAAACUUCACAGGAAUAAUCCUUGGAUGGUCCCCUUUCAAAAUUAUUCAAAGAAUUGAAUUCCACACAGAACUCUGGUUGCCUUGGCAACCGAAAGGAAAAACUUAAAAAAUCUGCUUAUCCAAAACAGCAAGGCGUAGAGCCUCGAUAUUUGGCAUGUGACAUCAUCUAAUGGUCUUCUAUGAAGAUUAUUCAAAUUAUACCCCUGAGGUGAAAAGAGGCCCCGCCCCAGGGUUCCCAAGUUUUACAUAGACUUAUAUAGGAAAAAACUUUAAAAAUCUUCUUGCCUGAAACUGCAAGGCCUAGGCUUUUGAUAGUUGGUAUGUUGCAUUGCCUAGUGGUCCUCUACCGUAAAUGUUCAAAUUAUGCCCCUGGGGUGAAAAGAGGCCCAGCCCCGGGACCCCAAGUUUUACAUAGACUUAUAUAGGGAAAAAAAUUAAAAAUCUUCUUGUCUGAAAGCUCAAGGCUCAAGCAUUUGAUAUUUGGUAUGUAGCAUUGCCUAGUGGUUCUCUAACAAGAUUGUUCAAAUUAUGCCUCUUUGGGCGAAAAGAGGCUCCUCCCCAGGGGGUCAGUUGUAUAUGAGUUAUAUAGGAAAAAAUACUUCAAAAAUUAUCUAAUUAUAUUUCUUAGAUUGUUUAAUUAUAAUUACCUGAUGACCCCAAGUAAUUAGGGGUUACUUGACCUUGACCUACUGAACGACUUUCUUGUUUUUUAAGAUACAGCCUUAAAAUUUGGAUGACAUAUACAGUUUUGCACACCGAUCAUAACAUCAUAAAAAUUUGGACCUCGUCAAUAACUUUCGAUAAAGAUUUCAAUACUCAUCUUUAGUGUUCUUAGCCAUGACCUACUGACCUACUUUCUUGUUUUUGAAGCUACAGCAAAGAGAUUUGUAUAAUUUUUCAACAGAUUUCAGUACUUAUCUUGAAUAAUCUUUACCAUGACCUUCUCAUCUAGACAUUUUUUAAGUUUUAGCAAAGAAAUUUGUUCAAGCAAGCAAUUAAACUCAGGUGAGCGAUAUAGGGGCAUCAUGGCCCUCUUGUUAAAUGUUUGUUUCCAUAUAUGCUGAAACUGCUUUGCAAACAGGACAUUAACCUGAAGGUGAUCAGCUGACUUCUAGUUAUAGUUGUUUUGUAUUUGUGUUUUAUAUUCUGUUCGAGACAAUUUAUACCAAACAUAAAAUUGAAUUGGCGUUCCCUUAUGAAAAAAAAUAUGUAAAGUUUGUGAACGCUUGAAUUGCUUUGUGUGUCAAGUAAGCGACUUGUGUUGACGUAUUAAUACAUGUAAUAGUCUGGCACCACGUUAAAUGUUGCACGUUGCACAUUGCUCUGUAUGCACAGAACAUGCUUGUUUGACAUGUAUUCAGUAGCACUAUAAUUAUAAUAUGCAAUUAUAACUAUGGGCCAGCAAGGAGAAAAUUCAUUACGGAAUGCUAUAUUUAUGUUUUUAGCCAGUUCCGUUGUCUUGAAUAAGUUUAAUCGGCACGUAAAAUAAGAGCAUAAUCUUCAGACCUAAACUUGUAAUAUUAUUUGAGCCGCACCAUGAGAAAACCAACAUAGUGCAUUUGCGACCAAUAUGGAUCCAGACCAGCCUGCGCACCCGCGCAGUCUGGUCAGGAUCCAUGCUGUCCGCUUUCAAACCCUAUUGCAAUUAGAGAAACCAUUAGCGAAUGCGCAGGCUGGUCUGGAUCCAUGCUGGUCGCAAAUGCACUAUGUUGGUUUUCUCAUGGUGCGGCUCAAAUUUUAUUGAUGUAUGCACCAGUCAAGCAAUAAAUUAUAUUUUUUGUGCAUAUAAACUCUAUAUGCAUAUGCUACGGCAGCUUUUAAUCAUGUUACAAAAGUAAAUGAUAUGUAGUUGUUUGAUAGGUAGAUUCAUAGCUUUUGCAAAUGCUUGAUUUUUAGUUUUUCAUUUUAUCAGGUCUUUGAUUGAGUGGUCAAGUCAUGCAUUUUUCAACGACAUACAUGAUAUUUUUAAAUCUAGAUUAAGGCUUUUAAAAUUGCUGCUUCUCUGUAAACUGUAACCAGAUUCACCAAUCACGUAUGGACUGCCAGUUCAUCUUAUGUGAUAUAUGUAGAAAAUCAGAUCAAAUAAACCAUAGUCAUGCCAUGCACUUUGUAAAUAACAUCAUUAUGAAAACCAUAUGAGCCGUGCCAUGGAAAAACCAACAUAGUGGCUUUGCGACCAACAUUGAUCCAGACCAGCCUGCGCAUCCGCGCAGUCUGGUCUGGAUCCAUGCUGUUCGCUAACAGUUUCUCCAAUUCCAAUAGGCUUUAAAAGCGAACAGCAUGGAGCCUGACCAGACUGCGCGGAUGCGCAGGCUGGUCUGGAUCCAUGCUGGUUGCAAACCCACUAUGUUGGUUUUCUCAUGGCACGGCUCAUAUAUCAUCUGUAUUGCCUUUCAUUAACUUUAAUACAUGUUGACCUGUAUGAUUUGAAAAUGUUCAGCCCGGAAAUAUUGUAGAGAUAUUUUUACAAUGUAGAUUGUGCAUAAUAAAUAAAAUAUUUUAACUUUUACAA